AUGACCGCAAUUGAGGAAACCAACGUUACCUACGAGCAACUGGCCGAUCUCGAGCAGGAUUUCGAGGAUGCCGAGCUGGAGAUUACUCGUCAGCAGGCGGUUCUCAUGAAACCUCUGUACGAGAAGAGAGCCAAGACUGUGGCUGAUAUCCCCAACUUCUGGCCAUUGGUCUUUGAACAGUCCCCCCCUGAAGUGGACUCCUACAUUCAGCCUUCGGACUCGGCUGUCAUCUCCACCUCUUUGAAAGCUCUCUCGGUUUCUCGAUUCGAGGUCGAGGAUGGCGGCAAGGGCGACCCCCGAAGCGUGGUCAUCAAGUUUGAGUUCAAUGAGAACGAGUACUUUGAGAACACUGUCCUAGAAAAGAAAUUCUGGCAGCGUCAAUCCAAGGAUGGGAGAUUUUCUGGACUCGUCAGCGAGCCCGUUGCCAUCAAGUGGAAGCCGGGUAAGGACCUAACCGAAGGGCUUCUGGAUCAGGCCGUCGCAAUCUACGAGCAGGAUAAGAAGAGCGGCCGCACCGGCCUUGUGAAGGUUAAGGAUUUCACACCGGAGCAAAAAGCUCUGCAGAAGAAGAUCCAGGCCACUGGCAUGGGCGGUGUCAGCUUUUUCGCGUUCUUCGGCUACCGUGGCUAUCCCGUCUCCGAGGAGGAGAGCCGCCUGGCGGUCGAGAAGGACAAGGAAGAGCGACGCCUGAGGGCGGAAGGAAAGAGCAAGAACGACGAUGAUGAGGCACCAGAGCUGGUCGAGGAGGGUGAUGAGGAUGACGAGGAGGAGAUUCUCGAGAUCUUCCCGGAUGGAGAGGAGCUCGCCGUUGCCAUUUCUGAGGAUCUGUGGCCGAGUGCCCUCAAGUAUUUCACACAAGCACAGGAGGUUGAUGGUAUUAGUGAAAUGGACUUCGAGGAACUGGAAGAUGAUGAAGAUGAGGAGGAUGAGGAGCCACCCGCCAAGAAGCAGAAGGCUUGA